AUGGAAAUCGUAGAUGUGAGGGAGAAAGAUUAUAUUAUGAUCAAUGACAUCAAAGUGGUCAAGCGUAAAAUGUGGGGCAAAGACUCUACUAAAUUAGAAAAUGGUAUUUCUGUUCAUUUAGAUGGUUCUUUUGGUUGCUACCAAACUCCAAUCAGAAAAAAUACUUUUUUUUGCACUGAUGAUACUUUAGUAUAUAGUUGUGGAAAUCACUUGGUUUUAUAUGAUGUUGUUAGGAAAAAGCAAAAAUAUAUCAUGAAAAACAUAGAAGAUCAGCCUUUGACAUCUAUGAAUUUCUUCACAAAUUCAAAAGGAGAAAUUUCAGUUGCUGUCGGUCUCAAAUCUAAAAGUGACACAUUACCUCAAGUGAAAGUUUAUAGUUCAGCAAAGUCGUUUAAUUAUUCUCUUGUACAUAAUAUGCAAAACUCUAUUAUUCUAGAUACUGCAUUCAUUCUAAAAAGCAAGUACUUGAUAUCACUCACUCAUUUAAAUAAGGGAUUCAUAAUCAGCAUUUAUAAAGUUCAAAAAGAAAAGCUAGCUUGUUUCAGAUAAAUAGAUGACUAAGAGGCAACAAAAAUAGAAGUCUUUGAUAAAAAUUUAUCUGAAUUUAUUAUUUAUGGAAAAGCAUUUUGUAAAAUAUACACUUUUGACUACCAAGGCCUGAUUAUGGAAGAGCGUUAUGACAUAUAUGCUCUUCUCUAAGAAGCAUUAGAUGAGUAAUUUAAUGAUCAAAUUAUAGAAGUUUUGUGGCUCUAAGAAACAAACACAAUCAUAAUAGCAAGUUAUGAGAACAAGCUUUUUUUGUUUAAAGAUUAUAAGUAUGUGUAAACAAUAGAGGUAGAGCUUUUUGAUAAAGAUUUAAUAUAUGCAGGGAGAAACUCUAAACAAUCAAAAUAAGAAUAAGAAUUGAUGGCUGCCUAGAUACUUGAGUAGCAAAAAUAAUUAUCUAAAUCAAUUUCCAUUUCUUGCAUGGCUAAGCUAUAAAGAGGUGUUGCAAUAGGGUUUCAAGGUUCAGCUAUGCUUUCUCUAUAUGAAUUAGAUUCCACUGAUAAGAAUCUUGUGCAUAGAGGUAAUUUUCCUCUCAAAGAAGAAAAUGUGAUGAAAAUACACUCCAUAGACAUAGCUCCUGAUGACAUGUAUGCUGUGAUUAACGUCCUCUUUCAUCAAAGAGGUAAUCAUGUUGCACCAAAGAUAAGGUCAGAAGGAGUAUUUGCAACAUCUGAAGAGGAAAAAAAAGAACAAUAAGGAAAACUAGAAAUAUUUAUGUUUAACUUAGCCGUUGUAGAUGCCAUAAGAAGUGUGUAAAAAGACCCUUAUGAACCUCUGUUUGAUCAAGGAGUUCAUAAAGGUGCUAUUUUAGAUUUAAGUGUCUGUCCAACAAGAUCUUUUUUAGUUUCUAUUUGUGAAGAUCGUACAGCCAAGUUCAUUGACUUUGGGACAGAGUUUAGAGAAUUGAUAUCUCAGUUCUUCCAUGAGAGUCCACUUAGUGUUUCUAUUCACCCUUUAAGCAUACAAUGUGCCAUAGGAUAUAAAGAUGGAAUUAAAAUAUUCUAUAUUUUAGAUGAUGAAAUAAAACAUGUGUAUACUAAUAAUACCAAGCCUUGUACAGCAAUAAGCUAUAGUAGCGGAGGACAUCUUUUGGCUGCAUCAAAUGGCUCCAUGAUAACCAUUUAUAAUCCAUACGAAUUUACUGCUCUACUAUAGUUGAAUGGUCAUGCUGCAGCAUUAAAAGAGAUUGAAUGGAUUGAUAACGAUCUUAAAAUAAUAUCAACAUGCCAAAAUGGACUUUUGAAUGUUUGGGAUAUCCAAACUGGAUAGCGAGUUGUAGAGUUUGCUUACAAAACGCACAAACUAAAUGCUGUAACUUAUGAUCUAAAAUAUGAUCUUGUUGUAUGUGCCUGUGCUGAUAACAAGCUUAGACUAUUCAAAGAAAAAGGUAUGACUCAAAUAUGUGAAUACGAGACAUCUCCUUGCCAAUUUACCUCUAUUAAUAUUGAUAAAAGAUUUGAAGUUAUAAUAUUUGGUACUAGUGAAGGUUCUGUAAGAAUAUAUCUAUGGCCAUUUUGGACAUUUUAAUCUAAGAUGAUGGAGUAUUUGGAAAUACCUAUUCAUCAAUGUUCGAUAACCUCAAUAAAAGUAUCAUCAGAUUAUUAGUACUUAAUUACUGCGUCUGAAGAUAAUAGUAUAUUCUUUAGCAAGAUAAGAGAGUAUGUAGAGGGAGAAGAUGUAACAGCUGCUGAUCUCCUGAGUCAAAUGAAUCCAGCAAAAGAACAAAACAAUUACUAUUAAAACAUAGACAAAAUAACUUCAGCAUAUUCACUCAACACCCUAUGCUUAUGCUCUAGAUUCUCUUAGGAGACUAAAAAAGAAAGUAUCAAGGAACUAGAAUUUCGUCUUUAAAAUUAUAAGAGCGAUAUUGAAGACGAAAAAGAAAAAUGGGAAGAUAUCUACUCAUAGAGAAUCAAAACUCUUAAAGAGAAACACAACGACUCGAAGUAGAAAUAGAAAGAAAAUUUAUCUAAUAUUUACAAUGACCAUGAAAUAAGAUACAACGAGUUAAAAGAUAAAUUGUCAAAUUAAAAAAAUGAGACAGAGGAGAUUAUGGAGUAAAUGAAUGAAAAAAACUCAAAAGACCUCAUUCAAUGCUACCAAAUCAGAGAUAAAUUGCAGGAGGAGUGUUUAAAUUUAAAAAAGAAAUAUGCUCUCCAGUUAGACAAUGCAUAAAAUUAAUACUCUGUAACACUUAAAAAAGUGGAAGAUGAAUAUAAUGGUAAAUUCAAUGAUAUUUUCAAUAAAUACAGAGAAGCAUUAGAGAAUGUUAACAAUGACUAAAAAAAAUUCCAUGAAGUGUUAACUUAGUAGGAGUAAGAUUUUGAUACUUUUUUCACAAGCACUAAACAGAAUCUAAAGCUAGAACUGUAAGAUGAGAUGAAAAAGACAGAAGACCUAAGAUCAUCUAACUCUAAGUAUAAUAAAGAGAUUUAGAAUUACAAAGAAAGGCAAGUAUAUUUGAAUUAGGAAUCUGAACAACUCAAUCAAGAGAUUUAAAAUUUGAUUAUAGAUUAGCAGAACUUUAAGGAAAAAUAUGAUAUAAUGAGCAAGUAAUUGAGUGAGAAAGAAGAUAUAAUCAAUUUGAGAGAAUAGUAAGUUAAAGACCUGAGAUCAAAAAAUGUACAUCUUUAGAAUUUCUAAAAAGUAUAUGAUUAUUAAGUUACAACACUCAAAGAUGAAAGGCUUCCUUUAAAAGAGCAUUUAACAAAUAUGGAAAAGCAUGUUAAAAAUUUAUACAAUGAAUUAUUAGAAGAAGCAGGCACAAACAAAAAAAUUGAUAAGGAUAUCAAAUAGCACCAUGAUCAUGUUAAAGAGUUAAAAACUCAGUUAUAAGAAAAGCAAGAAAUAGUUAGAAAGACAUAAAGACUAGUUGAUAACUUUGAAUAUUAAAUACUCUCAAUGCUAAGGAAUGAAAAAUUCUAAAUGUGGCCUAAAAUGUUGACAGAAAUUUACAAUGACAAUUUUGGAGAUUCAAAUAAAUUAGAAAAGGCUAUUGAAUAAAGUGUUAUUGGAGUUAAUCUCAGAGAGCUAAAGAAAGAUUAAUUUUUAGAGUAAAUAGAAUAAGAAUAGUAAUAUUUAAUUGGAUAAGAUUUAAGGGGUUAGCGCGAUUUCUUAGCAAGGUAGCUUGUUAAAGUUGCCAGUGACUAUAGAAAAGUAAUGGAAUCGAGAAAUGACGCCUACUUAAAGGUUUAAAACAUGAACACUCUGCUGAUUAAUGAGUGUAAUAAGAUGAGGGAAGAAAAGCAGAAGCUCAAAGAAUACCUUGGGGUUUAGAAGAAGGCGUACAGAGAAGUAAGAAGAUAGCUUGCUGCCCACAUAGGAAUUAACUUCAAUGAAAUAAAAGAUUAAGAAAAUUUUCCGUUUUUAGAUGACGUUGAUGAUGAAUUAGAGGAACCUGAGGCUAAUUUAGAUGAUAAUUUAUAUGAUUCAUCUAGGAAAUAAUUUGGAGAAGGUAAAUUUGGAUUAGAAGAUGAUGAAUUCAUGUAAAACGAAGAAACCUUAGAGCAAUUUAAAAAAGAUCAUAUUUCCGUAUCGCCUAAUAAAUAGCAAGCAAAUAUAAGUUAAGGAAAGUCGUUUUCUACUAUGAAUUUCCAUAGCAGUUUACAUCAAAAUUCAACUAAAUCUAUAAAAAAUAAUCCAAGCCAAAGCAUUAAAGAUCAAUUGCCAUUUAUCUAAUAUUAAUAAAAGAAAUCAUAGUCAUCAGCUUCUAUAUAUUAAAAGAAUAUAAAGCCACUUUCUGUCACAGAGAAAAAACAAAAUUAGAAACAACUUAUAUAAGAUUUACUAAGAUAAAUAGAAGAUAUUAACGAUAAUGAAGACAGCUCAAUAAAUGGAGAGAAGUUAAAAGAGAGAGUGUAAAAUUUCCUUUUCUAAGAAAAAAAAGACACAGUUGGACCAUUAACUGUUACCUAAAAAAAUCAACCAACAAUGUUUAAAACUUCUUAAAAUUUUGCUCUUAAGAAACCUGUAAGCUAAUAAAGAAACUCUCCUAAUGGUACAGAAAGUAAAAUAAGUACAGCCUCAAAUUUUAUGUAAACAUUCUCUAGCAAUCUAGGAUUUGCUUAGACAGGUAUGGAAUUUAACAGAAAGUAGCUUCAAUCUUCAUAGUCUUAGUAAUAAAGCUAAUAACAAUAGUAAUCAUAACAAUAAUCAUCAUAAAAGUGA